AUGCUAUUCUUUGUCAUAACUCUAUCAAUUCUAUCAAUUUUGGUCCAAAGCUGUGUCAAAGUUCCUCUUCAUUUUGAAGGCAACACUAAAUUUUUCGAGAUCCAUACAUCAGAAAAAAAUGGAACUGAUAUUUUGCCAACAAUGAUCUACGGAUGCUUCAAAAAUAAAAACAACGAGAAAUAUCCUUUGAUGUUAGAACUCAAAGUUACAAAUUCAACACAAACUCUUAUUCGUUUUGGUUAUGUUUCAUUCUUUUGCGAAGAAAAUAGUGCACAAGUUCUAACUUUGAACGGUUUAAUGUGAGUCACAAAAAUGUUAUUCUAAAUUUUUUUAUUGAGUGUUUUUCUAGCCCGAUUUCUUCUGCACGAUGUAUUGAUUAUAAUGAAGGAAAAUUGGUGUUCAACAAAUUAAUAAUUUUGUGA